AUGGUUCCCAGCGCUGCCUAUGGGGCGACGAUGCUGGGGUCGGCGGCGAUGAACAACGUGUGGGUUACGUACUCCAUCCCCUUCUUCUCCUCCAGACUCUCCUCUUCCUCCUUCUUCCUCGGACAGGCGCUGUACAUGGUGUGGAAUGCGCUCAACGACCCUCUCAUCGGGUGGAUAUCCGACAUGUCGCCCGGCCUCAUGCGGAGGAGGAUCCCAGCGAUCCGGUACGGAGGACCCUUGUGGGCUCUCGUGUUUUCCCUCUCAUGGCUGGACUGGGGGGACGAGGGGCAUAAAGGCUCUUUCCUCUCUGCCAUUCACUUCACCCUCGCACUUUGCGCGUAUGAUGGGCUGCUGACUACGGUGGAGCUGAAUCAUGGUGCCCUCCUCGCCGAUAUCUCGAGCUCAGUGGAGGAUCGUACAAAGCUGAAUCAGGCCUCCGCGAUCGGAGCGGUGAUUGGGUCUUGCUCCUCCUUCUUCGGGCACAUGUACUGGAACCCCGUUCCCGGAGCCGACCUGCAUCUCUUCCGACGCUUCAGUGCUGUCGUGUCCCUGAUCUCUGCCCUCGCCUUUACGUACUCGGCGCACGGGAUAUCAAGACACGAGCAGAGCCUUGAGCUCAAGGAGAAGUUGGAGGAAACGAGCUCCGAGCUUCACCACAAGGCAUCGACCCGCAAGUCAGUGGCCAUCGUGAUGAAGCAGCUCUGGAACCACAAGAACCUCGGGGUUUUCGAGUGCACGUUCGAGAAGAACUUCCUGUCGUCAUUCGUUGACGUGCUGCUGGUCGACUUGUCCCGCAAGACCCGAAGCCUCAUCAUCUCCACCUCCUUCAUCCUACCAUGGCUGACCACCAUCCUUGUCGGCCCGUUUGUGAACAAGCAUGGCGUGUAUCGGCUGCUGCAGAUUGCCUUCACUCUCAAGCUCAUGCUGAGCAUGGUGGCUCUCUGCAUCGGGUACAAGCAUCAGGUCUUUAUCGGUCUCUUCGCCGUUGCCACGAGGGUCUUGACCGAGUGCGUCUGCCGACAAGACAAGUACCUCCACAUCCGCGACAGGAGCAUGAGUGCGACAGUCAUGGGCACCAACGCGCUCUUCACGAAGCCGGGAGAGAGUCUGGCUCCGAUGCUGGGUUGGGCCAUUCUCAACUAUCGCUCCUCCGAUUCCAAAGGGAUAGGACAGGGACAAGGACAACAGACUACUCUGUUCUACUGCCUGGUGCUUGGACCUCUUUUCGUAGCUAGCGCCCAGUUGCUGCGCGGCGAGUACUUGGGGAAGGUGAAGGAAUUUAUCAACCAGAAGGACCUGGAAGUCGCUCUAUCGACGGGAGCGAGCGUCUUCCCUUCUUACAAGGAGACUUGA